AUGACGAGCAUCUUUCAAAUCGACGAACACAAUGACAUGUGGAAAAUGCUCCCGGGAGGGGUCUAUAUUCUCUUUAAACACCAUUACUCUGCUAGUGAAGCCAAAGGCGUCCUGGCUGUUUCUAUUGCCUCGAUGAUUUCUGUUCUUGCCAUCGUCUCGCUCCUUAUCGGAAUCUCUGUCUCGCUGCUUCGAAGCUGGCAUAGGGCGCCGACGGACAAAAAAUGCAAAGACACCCGCCAUGCUUUUAUUAAAUCACACGCGGGCAUCUACUUUAUUUCAAUGAUGCUCACCACUCUCACUUUUACGGUCGGCUUUAUGCUCUCGAUCGUCUGGGCCGUUAAACGGGAGAUUACAUUUGGCACAUUUUGCACGUUCCAGGCUGCGCUCAAGCAAUUCGGAAACGUUGCCACUGCGCUCUGGGUGCUUGCCAUUGCCGUCCAUACAUUUCUUGUCGUAUUUCUCCAGAUUCAGGUCAAGAACUGGGUCUUUUACAUCAUUUUCGUGACUGUAUGGGCGCUCAGUGGUGUCAUUGUAGCUGCGGGGCCGAUCCUAUAUCGACGGGACGAAAAAGGGCCGUGGUACGGGAUCAGCGCGCAAUGGUGCUGGACAUCUGAUGCUUAUGUCGUCCCUCGCUUCACGACCGAGUACUUCUGGAUGUUCCUGGCCGCCGGAGCCUCAUUUAUCCUGUAUACACUCUUGUUCCUCAAACUGCGCGGCCAUAUCAGCUCAGAGUUUCGAUUCUCGUUCAAAGCACGUCCUCUGGGACCGGAUACAACGCGGGUCGCGCGUCAAAUGCUCUGGUAUCCUGUCGUCUACACCGUGCUGGUCUUCCCCAUUGCAGGAUGCCGAAUUUACGAGAUCAAAACACUUGAGCAUUCAAACAUGGACUUUAAAUUUGCAAGUGCGGUGCUCUUCAUGUUGUCUGGACUGGCCAAUGUUGUGCUCUAUGGUUUAACGCGCAACAUCUUCCCGCUGCCUAGGUUUAUGUGUCGGUUCAUUCACUGUCAGAAUCGUUCUCAUGGCCAUCCCGUGGAUGAUGAAGAGAGCGAACCUAGCAAGGCGGGUCGCUUUCAUCGGUUCAGCAGCGAAAAGUCGCCAUCGAUGCCCACUUUCUCCAAUGUGGCGCACACCGGUACCUCUCCCAAUCCUUCACGCCUCCGCGGUCCGCCUUCAGUGGCUGGAAGCAGUUUGCACCGAACAGGGUCCAAGGCCAGCCAAUUGAGCACCGAGUCAUCCAAUAGUGCGUUUGAUGCUCGUCCGGUGGAAAUUGCGCAGCCAAUGGAGGCACAUCUUCAGCAUCUCGACUCCAAAGACCCAGUCUUGGGGAGAAGUGGUGGACUGAGCAAGUCAAACUCGAUUCUGUCCAUCUCGUCUAGGCUGUCUGCCUCGUCCAUUUCGUCUAAUCGACAUGUAGGCGAGGACCGUAAUGGACGUAGGGUGAUCAAAAAGCCGAACCGCGCCAUGGUCUCUCCUGGCUUGCAGCGUCCAACGAGUGGAGGAUCAGUAUCUGUAAAGGGGGACGAUGGUCUCAAGCGCGGUGAGAUGCAGCGGUCGCUCUCACCCGAGGUAUAA